UCCGAUCCGUCAGUGAGUAUAUGCAGGAUUGAAGGCUGGAUGCGAUUGCCCACCUAUGUGCAUGGCAGUCAUCAAACCCGGAUGGUGGGGGUACUACGAGGGCCUCCCCGUCGCCUCGUAAAUCUGCAUCUUCACCUCAGAAUCAGGACCAGUAUGUGCGAACGGAUGGGGCGGAAGCUCCGCCAUCACACGACUCUCCAGCGCAGGGAACAGUGCAGUCAGAACAGGAAAAGGCUUUCUUCAACUUACUCGAGAAGUUCAUGAAGUCACAAAACCCGACAGGGGCACCAGAAGAAGCUUGGUUGAAACUGGCGGAUACAGCGUGGGCCUAUGAAAAGAACCGUGCAGAUCGAUGGCGGAAUGAAAUCAAUACACUGCUCACCUUUGCCGGCUUGUUUUCCGCCGUUCUCACCGCUUUUGUGGUGCAGUACUAUGCCGUUCUGCUGCCGGCACCGGACUUCAAUAUGAUCAUCCUUGAGCGCAUACUAUCCUUGCAACUCAGUAAUAUGGCUACCAACGCCGUCGUCGUAGCGGCCGCCAACUCCUCGAACCCGGUACCGGUGCCGAUGGCUCUUACGAACUACUUAUCUACAAACCUCCCCCCGCCACCCGCUGCGCCCCGCUGGAUUGCCGCGCUGUGGUUCGUCGCCCUAGUCUUCAGUCUCAGCGCGGCAUCCGUCGGUUUAGCCGUGAACCAAUGGCUGAACUUCCAUGCCACGGAGCAAGCUGGGCUGCAAGAUGCAUCCCAGAGUAUCUGGACGUGGCAGCUCCGUAGGCACGCACUGGACAAGGGGCAAGUGGAAAACAUGGUCAGCAUCCUUCCAUCUCUCCUUCAGGUGGCCCUCGUCCUCUUCCUCGUUGGGAUUGUGGGCUACCUCUGGGAGCUUGGCUUCGACAUCGCCGUCCCGAGCACGGUCGUUGUCGGCGCCUUGCUGCUCUUUCUGGCUUUCACUUCCGUGUCACCCGCACUGGGUGGUUACAGUCCCUACAAGUCGCCCCAAGCGUGGUGGAUAUGGAAGGCCUGCAUACGCACGCGGUGGGCGGUUUACUGGGUCGUCAUGCUGUUACAUCACAUGGUCGACGUCCUCAUCAAGAUCCAAAUUCCGCUGCAGUCUUCAUCUAUACGUGUGUAUAAUAUAUACCAACGGAUCAAGGACCUCCGUGCAUCCCUCGUACAACAUCAAGCACGCACGCGUACGUUGAUGAUGAAGAAAAACUGGCUAGAAUAUGAAGCAUCAUGUCUGGAUGACUGGAUAACCCACAGCAAAAACAACACAAUAUUCAGGGACAUUUAUUCCAUUGCAAACGACAUAGCCGUCCUUCGCGCAAUGGAAACCUGCGUGCGAGCGAUGCCUAGUGCCCGAGCAAUGAGACAUGUGACACAAUUAGGCCAGACCGCCUUCGCGGCCUUGUCAAACCGCCAGGAUUCACGUUCACGAGCGCCCAGGCCGCCAUCUGGUAACCAACACGAUGUUCCGGACAGCACCUCUACCACUUUGAUAGGUCACAUGGUGCUGGACGAGUUCAUUAAUAUUCGACCACAGACAGAACUCGACGACGACACUCAGGCUCUCGAUUUGGACUCAAACCGUCGCAUGCUAUCUGGACUGAUCCGCGCUAUGCCUCCCACUCAUGGAAUCGAGGCCUGCAUGACUUUGUUUCAGCAUUUACGUGAUGAUCGACUGUCCAAGAAACAACGAAGAGCCACCUUAGAUGUUGUACGAAACAUUUAUGUGCCGGUCGACUUCCUUGCGGAGGACUUGCAGGACUCCAAGAUGCAAGCGGCGAGAACAUACGACUGUGCACCGUAUACUGAGCUAUAUCGUCUGCGCGACAUUGAAAACUGGGAAUGCGUGCAAACUGCACUCAUGACGGUGUCCAAACUCGGUGAUCCUGUAUCCACCAUUCAGAUCAUGACGAUCGUUCUGGCGAUAUGCAUGUUAUCCGUUAAAAACGGGCACACAUUGCCACACGAACCAUCGAGGGGAGCUUAUUUGGAUGACAUGCUCCAACGAUUCGACGAGUACUUGGCUACCCUCCGUCGCAAGGAGCUGAAAAUCACUAUACGACACCUUCCUCCCCCGGCAGUAUAUAUACUCGAUUGGGCAUUGGCUCGCAUGUCCUUCAGCGACAUCUAUUCCGCCUUGGGUGCGACCGAGAUCCGCCGGAACAUCAUGAUCUCCACAAACCACAUCGCACGGCGUCUUCAAUGGCUGCUCACACGCAAAGCUUGGACACCACAAGGGGCGGUCCAAGGGUUCUGCGUUCAGUUGCAUUGGCUGGUCAGGUUGGCUCGAAUGCGUUCCAGAUGAGCCACAGAGCGAAGACGAUCAAAGUGUUGACUCCUCAGAAGCGACUGACCCAGAGCCUACAUCGAAAGCUGGGGAUGAGCAGGACCCACCGGAACCGCGAACGGGCAGUAUGAUACAAUCUAUAGUGCGAGUCAUCCGAAACAGCUGGCACAGAUUGAGAGGAACCACUGCAGCACAGGAACCCGACU